AUGAACGAUGACACCGACUCGACCGACGAUGAACGAAGAGAGGAACUUUCCUCCAUCGCCUCGAUCUUCCCUGAGCUGGUCACUGAUCCCGAUGAUUCAUACACUGCAACUCUCGAGCUACCAGUGACACCCAUCGAGCCUCUCCGGAUAUUCUUCAAGCCCGCUGCUGACGGUGCGCUCUUGACGCCUCCUACUUCGACCGAACAAGAUCAUGAUGACUUAGGUGUGAAACCCCAAGUCCAGAAGGGCCUCCAGCUCGACUCCCACGAUCUGUCCCACCUGCCACCCUUGACCCUCCGUAUCAAUAUCCCUGGGGGUUACCCGGCCACUCAACCUCCAACUGUGUCAGUGUCGGUUUCCCCUCCUUGGCUGUCCCAACCUGUUCUGAAAAGACUGAGUGAGGACUGCGCGAGGUUGUGGGAAGAGGUGGGGAAAGACCUGGUCUUGUACACCUACAUUGUCCAGCUGCAGGAGGAGGCGGACAGUGCAUUCGGUCUCGCAGGGACCGACUUACAAUUAUCGAGUGACCUGAAAUUGGCACUACUGGAUUUUGAUCUCAAGACGAAGCGAGAGCAUUUCGACAAGGGCACCUUUGAUUGCGGCAUCUGUUUAGAGCCUAAGAAAGGCAUCAAUUGCCACAGACUCACGCUGUGCGGCCAUGUCUUCUGCGUGACAUGCCUUCAGGAUUUCUACAAGAGCUGCAUCACCGAGGGCGAUGUCAACAAUGUCAAAUGCUUAUCUCCAACCUGUGGAAAGAAAAAGCCGACAAAGCCCGAAGAGAAUGGCCGACCAUCUAAAAGACAGAAGCAAGAUCGAACACUGAAUCCGAGCGAGUUGCUUCAGAUCCCAAUUGACCAGGAGCUUGUUCAACGCUAUGUACGGCUAAAGCGCAAAAAACGGUUGGAGGCUGACAAGAACACCAUCUAUUGUCCUCGGCAAUGGUGUCAAGGUGCUGCUCGAACCAAAAAGCACCCGAAACCUAUUGAUCCUAUGAAUGACACAUUCGAAGACUCCUCGGAAUCUGAAGGAGAGCAACCACGGCCUGAUGAUCUUGAGAGCCUUCCUAUGGCCGAGCGCUUGUGUGUCUGCGAAGAUUGUUCCUUUGCUUUCUGCUGCGUUUGCCGUAAAGGUUGGCAUGGCGAACUUGCACGAUGUAGUCCACGCCGACUGCAAGAACUUACCGAAGAAGAAUCUGCUUCGGCAGCAUACCUUGAGAAAUACUCGACACCCUGUCCAACAUGUGAUGCACGAGCGCAAAAGACCUUGGGUUGCAAUCAUAUGAUUUGUUUCAAUUGCAAAACCCAUUUCUGCUACCUCUGCUCUAGUUACCUGAUGGCCGACAAUCCAUAUUCACAUUUCAACGAUGAAAAGAGUCAGUGUUAUAUGCGGCUCUGGGUUCUCGAAGCUGGUGAUGGAGAGGGUGUUGAUAUUGAUGCUCAUUUCAGGGCUAUUUGGGGAGAACACGGGGAAGGAGUUGAGCCUGAGGUCGACGACGAUGACUUCGAACCGGAGAUCUUGGAGUUCAUAGAAGAAGAUGGAGACGACACGUCCGACGAAGAACCUGCUCCAGAUGUUCGACGAAAUCGCGAGAUGCAUAUUGAAAUCGUCAAUUUCGGGCGCCCUGGCGCUCAGAAUCCACAGAGAUUUAUGCUACCUGAGCGACCCCAAGCUGUUGCAGCACCUCCACCUCCAGCGGCACCCAAUCCUCCACUCCCGCGACACGGUCGGCGAGGACACGGUCAACAAGGAAACAGACAACGCGCCAUGCAGAACGAGCCUGCUCGCGCAAACAGAGAAGCGCGGAAUCAGCCACUGGCACAACCUGUUGCCCGUGAGAUGAAUCCCGAUGCUGGGGACAAUGAACCCGAACCUUUACCUGGCAUGCUUCCACUGGCAGCACCCGGACAAGGCAACAACCUGGGCUUCGCACAAGGACUAGAGCGAUUUCUACGGCUUGCGCAAGACGACCAGGAAGACGAAUGGGAUAGUGACGAGCUCGAUGAUGACGGUGGCAGGUUCAACGGACCUGAUUAUCUGGAACCUCUGCCUAGGAGAAGAGGAAGGGAGUGGGCUUAA